ACAGGAGUUGGAGGAGCAGAAACUGUCCAUGGAAGGUAAAGUGGGGGCGUUGGAGAGACAGAACACCCUUCUGCACGAGCAAGUCGAGACUCUGGGUCGUGCACGUCAAACCAGAGAAGGGGCUCAUUCUGACCUGUCCGCUACCGGUGCUUUGGGUGCAGAGGCCGAGCCUGCAACGGAGGAUAGCAAUACACUAGAGGGCAUGAGAGAGAUUGUUCGAUAUGUGCGCAGAGAAACCGACAUGAUGAGCAUACGCUAUGAGAAUCUGACCUCCGAACACAACUCUGUGAAAGAACAGUUGAAGCGUGCUCAGGAUCAGUGUGAUGUGCUCAAGGGUCUGGUGGACACCGAAAAAUCGCGCCACGCCGACUACACAUCAGCGAUGCAGACACACAAGCAACUGCAGCAAAAGGUAGCGGAGAUGAAUGUGCUCAAGGAAACCUGUGUGCGUCUCAAGGCCGAGAAGGAGACCAUGGAGAUACAACACGCUGCCGUGUGUGGCCAGCUCAAGACUCUGGAGGAUAGCGCAGUGCGAAUCAGCGGCCAGCUCGAGGAAGAAAGGACCAAAGCCAACAACUUGAAUGUGGAGAAAAUCAGCGCCGUCAACGAAUGUAAUCGGUGGAAGACGCGAUUCGAGCAGUUCAUGGACAAGUACAAAGACUUCGAUCCCUCAAAGUUGAUCGAGGUAACGGAAGAGAAGGAUGCGCUCAAGAGCAAGGCAGAAACACUGCAAACACAACUCAACAGUCUCACCACUCGCGUCACAGAGGCCCAGACGGCGCAACGCACGGCCGAGGCAAACUAUGAACAGGCCAAGGCCAAGAUUGAUACGGUGAAUGCAGAGAUGGCCAAACUGGUCGCCGAGAAACAGACCAGUGAUGCCCACCACUCUACCCAGUUUACUAAGCUGACCAACAUCAGCAACUCAGCUGAAACGCGAUCUCAACAAAUACUCGCGCAGAUGAACACUACCAAGAAACAACUGGAGGACGAGAAGAAGCGCAACGAGGCCAUCGACAAGGAGCUAGCCGAUGUCAACCGACAGCUGGCCGUGGCAAAGGCGGAUACCGGCCCUCGCGGAAAACUGCAAGAGUUGGUCCAACAACGUGGAUCGCAGAUUAUCGAGUUGCAAAAUAGGAUUGACGAGCUGCUGAGGGAGAAGACUGGUUUUGUGCAAAAGUACAACGGUCUCAUUCGAAGACUCAAAGAGAAAGAUGCAACGAUUGCUGCCGCUCAAUCCGCGGCCAAAGCCGCACCCGCACCCACCCCGUCUAUAAAUAGAUCGAAUUCCGUGAACAAAACACCGGCCAUUCCGAAGAACACGCCAGCAGCUGUACAGUCUGGUGCUGGCGCAUCAAAACAAGCGCCUGCACAAGCGACUGGGCAAACAACUACACCUGCACAAGUGACUGGACCAACAACUACACCUGCACAAGUGACUGUACCUGUAUCUGCACCUGUAUCUGCACCUGCACCUGCACCUGCACAAACAAGACCGGUACCAACAAAACCCACUCCGGCUCUACCGGUGGUGCCAACCAAGAGUGCCCCCGUGCCCCCAAGCACUACAGAAAAGGACCGAAAUGCACCGGAAACUACUACGGGGACACCUGUAGACCCAUCAACCACAUCUGCACAGGACAGUACCGGGGCCGGCGCCAAUCCAACAAUAGAGGGCCAAAUCAGUCCCGAAACCAACACAGGUGCAGAGACUGGGGCACGUCGGGAUAGUUUACUGGACAGCAACGUGGACAUGCCCACAUUUGGCGUUCCGAAAGUCAAACAUGCCGCCGGUACGGCUACCAAUAUGGAUACCUCUUCAGACUUAACCGCGAAGACAGGAGGAGAAACGCACCCACCCGCCCAUACAAGCACACAAACGGAGCCUCAGGCAAACACAGCCACACGCCUUGGCGCAGACACCUCUGCACACUCCCGCCUACCGACCGACACGGCUGCGAAGGGGAGUGCAGUUACUGAGACCGGAGCACAAACCGGUGAGAAGACGCUUGACAGCGUGGGCACUACGGCAGAUGCUGCGGACAAUGCGGAUGGCGAAGACUUUAUGGACGACAACGAGCCACCACCGGCUGUGUAUGCAGAUGUAGGUGGGGAUAGCGUAGGUACGGAUAAGGAAGGUAUGGAUAAGUCGUCGGAGUCGGGGAUGGCCGAGGAAGGGGAGAUCGACACCCAGGCUGACGCCGCAACAGAGACACAGACACCUUCAGUGUCAAAGAUCGAAUCAAAUGUACAACCAGAGGUACUUUCAAGUCCACGUGUGCCGCCACGGACACAAAAAAAACCUCCACAGGCACAGUCAUUUGCUGGGUUUGGAAGCUCAUCAACACCACCGCAAAGCCAACAGAGCGUACAGCAGCAGCAUGCCCCACCUGCACCGAUCCCAACAACACUCGCCAAACCAAUUGUGAAG